AUGACAAGUGUAACACAAUCAAUAGAAAACUCUCCAACAUCAUCCUUAUGUCAUGCACCUCAAAUGAAAGAAGCAUCUAUGACUAUAGGUUUGAGUUGGAAAGCAAUACUUAGAAAAAAAAAUUAGACUAAACGCCCUCUUCAAAAAACUACCCCAAGGUUACCAGAAUCGAUCAAAUCAAAAAAUAUACCCAAGAAUGUAGCAAAAGCCAUUAUACAAUAAAUUCUAAAUCAUAAUGUUAUGGACCAGAUUGAAGAAUAAGAGGAGUUUUUUAAAUUCAUUGAUAAACACAGAAAAAUUUAAAAUCUUGCUUAUCUCAUAAAAAUAACAAGACCUCAUAAAUUAUAGAGACUAGACAAAUUAUAAAAAUAGUUUAGAUAGAUAUGGUAUUUAAUAUAAUGUAUAUAUAUUAAUAGUUGGAAUUUUCUAAAAAAAUAGUAUGUACCAUAUAUAUUCAAUUCCAAAAUUAAAAACCCAGAAGGUCAUUUACAAUAUAGGAAUCAAUUAAUGAAAAUAUUUGCUGAAAAAUAAUGA